AUGGAAUCCAGCGAAGACCUCCAAAAUAAUGAGCUCUUUGCCCUUCAAACGAUCUACGAAAACGAUUUCAUUCAAGCACCCCCCAGAGCCUGGCAGGGUGCAAACCAUCUUAAAGAAUGCACGAUAUGCAUACGCCACCCCCACGAUGCCCACAAAGAUAAAAUUCUAUUCCAUCUUCACGUCAUGUUCCCCAAGACAUAUCCGCUUAAAGCUUCGCCUAUCCUAGAUAUCAAGAAACCCAUUGUUGGUCUGUCGACACAGCAAGUAGCCUCGCUGAACCAAGUUAUCCAAACUGAGGCAAGGAAUUCGCAGGGAACUGAGUCAAUCUUCCAGAUUGCUACUGCUAGUCAGGAUUGGCUGGAACAAAACGUCGUUCCACCAAUCGAUGUCCCUGGCUCCCUCGCAAGCCAGAUGAUGUUGCGAACCUUGGAGGAGGAGAGGAUUCGUAAACAACAAGCGGCUGAUAUGGCAGCUCAAGAACACGAGGCUCGCGCCAAGCAGACUCAACAACUCGAGGCUGAAGUUAGGGCAAAUGCGCAACUCCAGCAGCUUGAGCGCGAACGACAGUAUCAGGCUCGCAAACGUGCCAACUCUGAAGCCACCGAAGUUCCUUUAGCAGGCGAAACUCCAACCGAGUCAUUCACAGACCCCAUCACCAUAGAUGGCAUCGAGUUCAAUGUCGUCAGAAUCUUCCACCCUCGUGCCGAACGCCUAGGCACAACUUACAGUGCUGACCCAGUGUGCGACGAUGUGCAUAUAUCUUUGCCGCUAAACGUCUACGUUGUCGCGUUCGCUUCCCACUACUACAUAACCAGCCAGGGAAAGAAAAAGCUCAAGCAAGUUGAAGCCGAUAUUCAGAAGUUAAUAUCGAUUUGCCACCCCAACCUCCUGCGCGUUUACGCCGUCAAAUUGACCUUUCCCCACACGAGCGGAUCGCCGCGACUGGUGGUCUUGCACGAGGCACCACCCGCACUGACCCUGCGUGAUGUUUUAGAUGAUUGCGAUUUUAUCAAAGAAGAACGAGCACUGGAAUAUCUGGUUCAAAUAUUAUCUGGACUGAACGCUGUUCAUGUUGCUGAUAUGUUCCAUCGUGGCAUCACUGCAGAUGCUAUUGGCAUCAUAAAUCAUACCAAGACCAAAGUAGUCAAGCUCAUGAAAGUUGGCUUCUACACGCGCCUACUCGACCUUCAUCGUUCCAACUCGUUCGGGAAUAUAUCGGUCGACUCAGAGGACUUUCGCCUUCCGGAUCAAUGGCAGUUCAAAGACCUCAAGAAUGAAUCUUCCUUGGUCUACACGCGGCAGCGCGAUAUUCAUGACGUCGGCGUCGUUCUAAUGCAGAUGCUUCUGGACCCUUUUACGGCGAUUCGUGAAUCAACCCUCUCGCCUAACCUUCAGAAGCACACGACUACUAUGCUUCUACUCUCUACGAUGCCCUCGUCCUUCAAGAAGAAUGGGAAUCACAUAUCUUGCCUAUCACUUCUUGCUGACCUUGCUGCGGCUCCGCUUAGUGCUGUCGCAGUCAAGAGCCCCCUUUUGCCGUCAUCUUUCGAUAUAAAGACUCCUAUGCCGUACGGCUCACCAGAAUUAGAAUACUUCCACGGACAGGCACCUAUGCAAAAUAGGCAUGCAAGUCGAUGGAAAGAAGACUGGGAAGAACUCGAGUUACUUGGUAAAGGCGCGUUUGGUUCUGUUGUCAAGGCUCGCAACAAGAUCGAUUCUCGUAUCUAUGCUGUCAAGAAAGUCCGUCUCCGGACUGGCCACAACGACAACAAAAUUUUCCGAGAAGUGAAUGCUCUUAGUCGACUUUCGCACAGGUUUAUUGUGCGAUACUUUACAACCUGGGUGGAGCAAGCAGAAGUAACCUCAGCUUCCGCAUCGGACACCGAAGAAUCAAGUACGGAAGAUGGGAUGACUUCUGUACCUGGAACGAAUUCGCAGCCUCGGAUCCGUCGUGUAUCGUCAAGUGGGGAUCCAUUCAACUUCGAAUUAGAAUUGGAGCAGGACUCGAGGGAUAAAGCAAUGGGUUCCAGCUCCCGUGGCGGGUUCCCCAGUAUACAUUUCUCCAAUAGCGAGGACGGGGAAGAAAGCGGAGAGAGCGAAGAGAGCGAUGAAAGUGACGACAAUCCAUUCGUCAAUCCAAGCGCGGGGAAUGGAAUCAAGAGUAACGGAAUUUUUGACAUGACGCCCUUGAACAAGCCAUGGCAUCCGAUAAUAUCGCGGACUAUGUAUAUCCAGAUGGAGUUUGUUGAACAACAGACCCUAAAAGAGAGGAUUGACGAAGGAAUCACCGAGCAAGAAGCUUGGAGGCUAUUCCAACAGAUACUGGAAGCCCUUGUCUAUAUGUCCUCCCUUGGGAUUCUUCAUCGGGAUAUCAAGCUAACCAACAUCUUUAUUGAUGCAAAGGGCGAUGCCAAAGUGGGCGAUUUCGGUCUGGCAACUUCCAACUUGUCUGCCGUAGAAACAACCCCUCAUGGACUUCACCCACCUAUUUUGGAUGCCGAAAUGACGCUAGAGGUCGGCACUAGACUUUACAUCGCGCCGGAAGUCCAAUCGCGCAAGCGAGGUCCAAGAAAUCACGCGAAGGCAGAUAUGUAUAGUCUUGGGAUCGUUUUUUUCGAGAUGAAUCACAAGUUCAAUACUGGGGCGGAGCGUAUUGCAGUCAUAGAAGGUCUGCGACAACCAAUGGUGUUAUUCCCUUCUUCCUGGGAACCUCGUUUGAUUCGGCAGAAAGAAAUUAUCACCCGUCUACUAGAUCACGAUCCGGACACUCGACCGACGGCAUUAGAGCUUUCGCAGAGUCCACUGCUACCUGCCAGGCUCGAGGAUGAGUACUUUAAGGGAGCGCUUGGGAUGAUGGUGAAACCUGACUCGCCACACUAUCAAGCCGUGCUCGCUUCGCUGUUCUCACAGAAUCAACCUAUCUCUCGUCGAUUCCUAUAUGACGUCGAAACGGACCCACCUGAGCAUACAUCAUUGAAUGAUGUCGUUCAGGAACGACUCGCUUACAUCUUCGGCUUACAUGGAGCAGUCGAUAUGGAGCCCUCGCUUCUCAUGCCUGUUGUAGGCCCAUCUGAGGCCAAAAAGGAGGCCACUUUCGUGGACAGAUACGGCGAAAUUGUCGCUCUACCGUCCAACCUUCUGCUUCCCUUUGCGCGAUUGGCCGCCAGAACCAAUGUGGCAAGAAUCAAACGCUAUCAUAUCUCUAAUGUCUAUCGGGAGAGCGAUGUCGCCGGUCAUCCCAAGUCGCAAAAGGCGGCCCUAUUCGACAUUAUCUCGUCCGAUGUUCAAUCAGGGCCCUUGGCCGCGUCUGCAGAGAUCAUCGCCAUCUCAAACAAUGUUCUAGAGAGUUUCCCCAGCUUGAGCGAAAACUACGAAAUUCAUAUAUCACACUCUUCCAUCGUCAAGAUUAUCCUGGAAAGAAUUCCAGCAGAACUCCGGGGAUCGGUUCAAGACAUUUUGGGACAUUCCAAAUCGUCAACUUCUCAGAAACGCGCUUUGAUGCUCAAGAAGGGUCUUCUGAGGAGUAUAGCAGACGAGCUUGAAGUAGUCGCUGAUACAGGCGAGCAUCUUACAGACGAGGACAUCGAAGCUCUCCUAGUGAAACUCGAAAAAAUGUUUUGGCUGCUGGAGGACGAAAAGAUCACCAUCGCUCUUGCUGCUUAUCAGUCGACCACUGUGCGAGCCCUGAUCGACUUGAAGUUGUCGCAGGAGCUGGAGGAACAGUGUCGACGAGAGGGUAUACUAUUCUCAGUCUAUCCCCGCCCGAGAACGGGUCGCCGCGACCAGGUAGCAUUCAAGAAGCGUAUCGACGUAACGACGACUGAAACAACGCAAACAAGUCAAACAUAUUUUCAUGGAACGAGCAUUCGAGACCGGCCGGAUUCAGUGUUGAAACGCAAGGCCGAGGGACAAGCAUAUAUUUUCCUCUUCGCUGUGCGCGAAGAGCGAAUGCAUUGGGGAUGGAGCGUGCGGAAAGGUGAGGUUUAUGUCCCCACUGUCUUCGAGAACUACGUUGCGGACGGAAUGGCUGUCGCCCAGAAGAUUGGGUGUCAAGGAGCAAGUGCAUCGUAUUAUAAACACUUUCCAACAGAUCUUCCACGAAAUGAUGCUACGACAUGGCGUCGACCCGGGCCCAUCUCAUUAACCAGUCCCAACGACCGAUCGUCUACGCUGGAGCCGGUAUUCUCUCAUCUCCACAUGGCCCGGCCCUACUCCGCGAAUUGGCCGAGAAAGGCAACAUUCCCGUUUAGUCUGCAUAUGCUGGGAAUGCACGCUGACGUCAUCAUCGCGCUUGGCGCUCGUUUCGACGACCGGGUAACAGGGAAACUCGAUGCUUUCGCGCCUGCGGCCCGAGCCGCCCAGACUCACGGACGGGGCGGGAUCAUACACUUUGAGAUUCUGCCCAAGAAUAUCAACAAGGUUGUAGAGGCAACUAUCCCCGUUCUAGGGGAUGUUGUCGAAAACAUGUCGAGCCUCGUACCACACAUUCGGUCUAGUCCACGGGAAGCUUGGUUUGCGGACUUGGCGGGUUGGAAGAAGGAGUUUCCAUUCACCUAUGUCCCAAGUAAGGCGGGUGACAAAAUGAAGCCACAAGAGGUUGUGGAGGAACUUGAUGCACAAUGUAAAGCCCGCAAGGCGGACCCCAGCAUUACCGAUGGACACACCCGAAUACCCUCGUCACUUCGGACAAUGGGCUUUGGUUUACCUGCAGCUAUUGGGGCCAAACUCGCCACCGCUUCGCAAUACAACAUCGGUGUGAAGGUGCUCGUGCUCAACAACGAGUUCCAGGGCAUGGUCCUCCAAUGGCAGGACCUAUUCUACGACGCGCGCUACUCGCACACGCAGAUGACCAACCCCGAUUUCGUGAAGCUUGCCCAGGCGAUGGGCGUCCACGCAUUGCGAUGCGAGACAGCUGCAGACCUGCCCGCGAAGAUGGCCGAGUUCCUCGCGUACGACAACUCCAAGCCCGUGUUGAUGGAGUGUCUUGUCGAGCGAAACGAACACGUGUUCCCGAUGGUCGCCGCCGGCAAGGCGCUACACGAAUAUAUUCUCCAUCCCAACCAAGUUUGCACCAUCUGUAUCUGUACUCACUCGAGGUUUUAUCGUAUUCCGCAUUUACUCUGCAUUUGA